AGCAAAAAAAACUAAGAGACGAAAUGCGACAUGUUAAGUGAUAAAACUAAUGAAAAACUAAAUGUCUCUAAUGUAACUGUCUUCAUAGAUAUAUGUUGGUGGCCACACCAAUCCCCAAAUCGUCCGCUUUCAUUUAGAAGGAAUUCUACUUCCGUUCUGCGUCUCUGUCGCUGCUACGUGCCUGUCUGCGUCCCUCGCGAGACUUACGUACCACAUAAAUCUCGCUGUGAUGGCUACACCGCCGGAUGCGGAGAGUUUAGAGUCUCGUAUCAACCUCAGCUGGCCACCAGGCUCCUGGCCCAUAAGAUCCAAUCUCCACAGGAGUGGGAGGCCAUGCAGGCCCUGCUGGUUCUGGAGACGUGUAUGAAAAACUGCGGGAAAAGGUUUCACAGUGAGGUGGGCAAGUUCCGUUUUCUCAAUGAACUCAUCAAAGUAGUUUCUCCAAAGUACCUGGGCUCACGGUCACCAGAGCCAGUAAAAAAGAAGGUUUUGGAAUUGAUCUAUAGCUGGACUUUGGGGUUACCUGAUGAGGCCAAGAUCUCAGAUGCCUAUCAAAUGCUGAAGAAACAAGGUAUUAUUAAACAAGACCCAGAGCUACCACCUGACAAACUACUGAACCUCCCUCCACCCAGACCCAAGAAUGCCAUUUUUGAGGACGAGGAGAAGUCAAAGAUGUUGUCUCGCCUGUUGAAUAGCUCGCACCCUGAGGACCUCAAAGCCGCCAACAAACUCAUCAAGGAAAUGGUCCAAGAGGAUCAGAAGCGAGCAGAGAAGGUGUCAAAGCGGGUGAACGCCAUUCAGGAGGUGAAGGAGAGUGUUAAUCUGCUGACUCAGCUUCUGCAGGACUAUGACAGCACCGCCAGCAAUCAGAGCAACGCUGAACUCCUACAGGACCUGUACCAGCGCUGUGAGAAAAUGAGACCUACACUGUUCAGACUGGCAAGUGAUACAGAGGACAACGACGAGGCUCUGGCGGAGAUCCUGCAGGCCAACGACAGCCUGACUCAUGUCAUCAACCUGUACAAACAGCAGGUGAAGGGGGAGAUAGUAAACGGCAACAACACAUUAAACACACAGAAACAAAUAGGAGGGAUGGCACUGCUAGAUCUGUCAGGACUCGACACAUCACCGCUGUCGCCUCCGUCCUUCCCAGAGUUUCCCACUCCAACAGACAGCCUCAACGCCCCCUCGCAAGAAAUGGGGAUCAGUCUCCUCGACGACGAGCUCAUGUCACUCGGAUUAAGUGAAGGAACACACACUUCCAACCCUCCCUCACAGCCUGAGGACUCCACAGCCUGGGACUCCUUCCAGUCCUCUGACAGCAUAGAUGCAGACAUCCCAGCAGCACCCAGUCUCCUCCUCAGUCCAGAACCCCACUCCCACUCUCAGCCUCUUUCAUCUGUCUCCAGCCCUGGGAACUCGGCCCUGGACGACCUGGACCUCCUGGGAAAGACACUGCUGCAGCAGUCCCUGCCUCCAGAGGGCCUGCAGGUCAAAUGGGACAAGCAGCAGUCCAAACCAACUCUGAGAGAUCUCCAGAGCAAGUCUGGGUCCAACGUCACCCCAAACCCCAUCCCAACCUUUGCCGCUGAAAAUCCUUCACCUCUCCUCAACUCUCAGCCCAGCCUUGGAGCAACGUUGCUGGAUAUGUCCCCGACUCACACUGAGACUCCUUCUGCAGAAGUCACCCUGAAUGAUGUUUUUGUACCGCUAGAAUCCAUUAAGCCCAGUAGUCUGUUACCUGUGACUGUGUUUGAUGGACACAGUCUGCGGGUUCUGUUUCACUUUGCUCGUGACUCGCCUCCGUCUCGUCCUGAUGUGCUGGUGGUGAUCAUCUCCAUGCUGUCAUCUGCUCCUGUCCCCGUCACCAACAUAAACUUCCAGACCACGGCUCCAAAGACUAUGGCAGUGAAGCUGCAGCCCCCAUCAGGAACAGAGCUCCCAGCUUUCAACCCCAUCCUUCCUCCUGCUGCUGUCACACAGAUCCUGCUGCUGGCAAACCCAAACAAGGAGAAAGUACAGCUGCAGUACAGAUUAACCUUCACCAUGGGAGAGCAGGAGCACAGGGAGAGUGGCAGUCUAGAACAGUUUCCUCCUCUGGACACAUGGGGGAACCUAUAGCAUUUAAACACAACCCCAACCUGACAGACUCUCUGCUUUCAGACUCAGCUUCCUUCCUAGACCAACUGUCCAUCUCGACACUCGCAUAAACCUGUUUUCCUUUGUAAUCACAUUGUACUUUCUUUGAUUGGUAUUGAUUGUUUUACUUGGAUUAUGCUCAUGCUCAGUCAGUGUAAUGUGUGUAUGCUUUGCUAUAAAUGAGUCGUGUGUUUAGGUCAAGUCUGCUGUAUGUGGCUGCUUUAAAACAAACCUGCAACUGCUUCCUUCCAAGUUUAAGAGACAGUGCUACGGAGGAGGAACUACAUCAAAUGUGUGCAUAUUUGCUCAUUUGGUGUGCUUGAUUUUUGUUUUCCCCUCAGGCACAAAGUCAGUUUAAAACCAUUAUCAGUUGUUUACCUUCACCUCUGCAUGCUCUGCCAACAUGGGACACAAUGCUUGCAAAUUCCAGCACACCAAUAGCGAAAGGACAUAAGCAUUACAUAGAUGCAGCUCAUCUUAGUUUGCAAAACAAAGCUAUACUUUAUCAACUUUUUGUGAUGAGUGAAUAACGCUUAUUUUUUUGUUGCAAUGACUGAGUCCACUUUUUGAUUUUCAGAGUGAUUUUUUUUUUUUUUUUUGAUGGGGAAAAGACAGUAAUGUUUUCCUGUCUUGUGUAAUGAACAGAACUUACUGUAACAGUUGUGUAUUAUCUGCCAUAUGUGCCUAUUUUGCUAUGUUUUUCUCAUCUGUUACACGUCAGUCAUAUUAGGUCUGCAGUUUGUUUGAGAUACAGAUCACCUACAUUAACCUUAAAUUCCUAAUAUAUAAAGCAUUUUCAGUAGGGUUAGGGUAUAAGUUAAAUUUUGACAAACUUUCUUUAGCUUGUGAUUUAAGUUAAUAUUUCAGUAUUUAUUAGGUAAAACUGAAUAUUAAACACUUGAGCACAUGCAAACUGAGUUGCACCCAGGUGCUUUGAGCACAGUGUCUGUCUCGAACAUGUUCAGCUUGUUUCUACAGUCUUCAAUGCAUGUCAGCCAUGCUGAACACUUCCUCCUCUCCAUAGGCUCUCAAUCACAUUCCACUGCACCAAUCUCCAAUACGACUGCUUUGUAAAUACCAAUGAUGGCAGUUCUGUUAUGUACAUUUGACUUGUGCAAUGUGCAAAAGCAUAACACUGGUAAAAUAUUCCAAAUGGGUAAUAAAGUUUUUUUUCUUGGUGACCUGAA